UAGCUCUAUCCACGCGAGUGUAGCAGAAUCGUUGCAGAUACGAAGUGAAGACACCCGGUGGACUCGAACCCGACACGAUCUCAGAAGACUUUUGUUUUUAUAAAUCAACAACCAUGAGUCUGUUAACCAAGCCCAAGUCCGAGAUGACCCCUGAGGAGCUCCAGAAACGAGAGGAAGAGGAGUUCAACACCGGCCCCCUGUCGGUGCUGACCCAGUCCGUCAAGAACAACACUCAGGUCCUCAUUAACUGUCGUAACAACAAGAAGCUGCUCGGAAGAGUCAAGGCGUUUGACAGGCACUGCAACAUGGUCUUGGAGAAUGUGAAGGAGAUGUGGACGGAAGUUCCCAAGAGCGGGAAGGGAAAGAAGAAGUCUAAGCCUGUGAAUAAGGACCGCUACAUUUCCAAAAUGUUCCUCAGAGGGGAUUCUGUCAUCAUCGUGCUGAGAAAUCCUCUGAUCACAGGAAAAUAAACUCUUUGUGGGCGUCCAGCUGGAUCGGCCACAGAGCCCUCUUUUCUUUAUUUGUUGUUGAAUGGUUUGAAGAUGGUGGACUCAAACUAAUGGAAACCUGUUUGUUUUGUUGAUGGAUCACUGCAGUCGCUAAUGGGUAAGAUACAAAGUGUGUCAAAAAUGAUGUCCGUGUGUUUUUUGGGGGGAGAGGGGCAUUUAGUCACAAGAAUACCUGCCUUUGUGUUGUCAACAGAAGUCCCCUGCAUUUUUUCAUUUUAAUAAUAAAAGUGUUGGAUAGAUUCAA